AUGUGCUUGCAUCUCAGCCGUCAUUUCUUCGCCACAUCGCCGACCAUUCCCUCCCACACUCACACCCCCCUCCCAUUCACCCGCAGUGUCAUCGACACAAUACAAACCCCUCUCACUUCCCCCCACCACCAGGGCACGCCCCUGCCAUUCACCCGCCAAAUCAUUGAGACUGUGCAGGGCACGCCCCUGCCAUUCACCCGCCGUGUCAUCGAGACUGUUCAAGUCAACAUCGGGCUGGUACGCCCCUCCCGUUCACCCGUCGAGUCAUUGAAACCGUGCAGGUCAACAUCGGGCUGUGCUGCAACCAGGCGUGCCAGGCUCCUCACCUGCUUUCCUCACUCUUUACUUCCCUCCCCUCUCCUUCCACCCUCCCCCCUGCAGGGCACGCCCCUGCCAUUCACCCGUCGAGUCGUUGAAACAGUGCAGGUCAGCAUCGGGCUGUGCUGCAACCAGGCGUGCCAGGCUCCUCACCUGAGCUGGCCCCCUCUUUUCCUUCUUCCCUUCCUGCCUCCCCCUUCCUCCUUUCACCAGGGCACGCCCCUCCCGUUCUCCAGGCGAGUCAUUGAAACUGUGCAGGGCACGCCUCUGCCAUUCACCCGCCGUGUCAUCGAGACUGUCCAAGUCAACAUCGGGCUCUACUGCAACCAGGCGUGUCAACACUGCCACGUGGACUCCUCCCCCCUCAGAACCGAGAUGAUGGACCACAGAACAGCAGAGAGGGUGGUCCACCUGGUAUCGGCGUGCCCAAGUGUGCGCUGUGUUGACCUCACAGGGGGAGCACCUGAGCUUAACCCUGAGUUCAGGUACCUGGUGACAGAGGCGCGGAGAAUGGGCAAGGAGGUGAUCGACCGCUGCAACCUCACUGUGCUAUUUGAGCCGGGGCAAGAGGAUUUGGCAGAGUUCCUGGCAGCCAAUCAGGUGCACGUGGUGGCAUCCCUCCCAUGCUACUCAGCUGAUAAUGUCAACAAGCAGAGGGGAGGGGGAGUGUUUGACCUCAGCAUCAAGGCGCUUCAGCUGCUCAACAGCCUGGGGUACGGCAAGGAAGGCUCGGGUUUGGUGCUAGACCUGGUGUACAACCCUGUUGGCCCGUUCCUUCCGCCUGCUCAAGCCAAGCUGGAGGAAGCAUACAAGAGCGAGCUAAUGUCAUGCUAUGGCAUAUCGUUCAACAGCCUGUUCACCAUCACCAACAUGCCUGUAAAAAGAUUUGCAACGUUUCUGCACAGGCAGGGCCAACUCGAGGACUACAUGCAGCUGCUGGUCUCUGCUUUCAACCCGGCAGCAGUGGACAACGUGAUGUGCCGAAACCUGAUCAACAUUGACUGGCAAGGCGCUCUCUUUGACUGUGACUUCAACCAGCAGCUCAACCUCGGCCUUCCCCCCAAACCAUCCACUGCCCUGGACUCUCCCCUCACCUCUCCUCCUCCUCCCCCGCCGCGCUCUGUGUUUGACAUCCAGUCACUGGAUGAGCUUGUGGAUCGACCCAUCGCCACAGCAGCACACUGCUACGGGUGA